AUGGUCUCUCUCCAAACGGUGCAGCAUGCCAAUGUGGGCGUUGGAAGCCUCCCCGCCAGCCUCGUCGCAGUCUUUAUGGGAGCUACAUCCGGCAUCGGACAAAGUGCACUUCAACAUUUCGCUCAGCAUGCCUCUUCUCCCCGCAUUUACUCCGUCGCUCGCCCAUCCGCGGUUGCUUCGCACGACACCUUCCUGUCCUCGCUGCGCCAGUCCAACCCGACAGGCACAUACAACCUUAUCGAGGCCGAUGUCUCCCUUAUCUCCGAGAUCGACCGGAUCGUCGCCGGAGUAAAGGAGAAUGAGACCAAGGUUGACAUUCUCUUCAUGUCGGCCGGCUUCAUGGCCUUUGAGGGCCGCAAGGACACACGCGAAGGCCUUGAUCCGUCCAUGACGACGCGGUAUUACUCGCGUCUUCGUCUUGUGCAGCAGCUGCUUCCCCUGCUCAACAACGCACCGAGUCCGCGAGUCGUCUCGGUGCUGGGCGGCGGGCUGGAGGGACCCCUCAACGAAAAGGACUUGGAUCUGCGCGAUCCGAAAAACUGGUCCUUCUGGAACUCCUCAAUCCAAUCUGGUACCAUGGGGACGCUCGCGCUGGAGAGAUUUGCGCAGGCGAACCCACGCCUUAGCAUUGUGCACUGGUUCCCGGGAACUGUCGCGACGCCGGGCCUGGCUCGGGCCAACAAGUUUGGCAUGUCGCCCCCGAACCCGACGAGCGCGGACGAGGCCGGUCAGCGCGCGCUCUUCUUAGCUACUAACGACCGGUAUGCCGUCCAUGGCGGCCUCGUGCCCGUGCCCAUAGGGCUCUCCGUGGCGAAGAAGUCGGGCGGGGGCAUCUUCCUAGUUGAUCCGCAGGGCGAGAGCGCCGAUAGCGAGCAUCUGCUGGCCGGGUUGAGGAAACGGGGCGUGGACGAAACCGUAUGGCGCUUUACGGAAAAGGUGUUUGCGGCUUCGACUGCUCAAGCUGGUCAUUCCAAGGAUGAGCUGUGA